GCGGAGGAGGGGACCAGCGGGCGGCCAGGCGCAGGGCCACGAGGAGCAGACCCCUGAAGGCUGAAGCUGCAGGUGGAUGGCCUCCCGGUGACAUUUGAUGGCGGAACUGUGUGGGCCCAGAAGUCCCUGCAGAGCACAAAACCCUGCAGGACGUGUCAGCCUGGCCCAGGGGUGCCAGGCUCUGCUCCCUCUGGAUGUCACCCUGGGCUCUGGCUCCCCAGGCCCCCUUGCCCCACCCUAGAGUCCCUCGCUGCCUUUCUCCAGGUGCGGGCCAGGCACUAAGCCCUGGACUCGGGCCACGCUGAGCUCUGCCCUUUCACCGCCAGCCACCGUCGAGGACACCAUGAGCCAAGCUGGGUCUGUGAGCUGUUGUCCGGGUGCUGCCAAUGGCAGCCUGGGCCGGUCUGACGGUGUGGCCAAGAUGAGUGCCAAGGACCUGUUUGCGCAGAGGAAGAAGUACUCCAACUCCAAUGUCAUCAUGCACGAGACCUCCCAGUACCACGUCCAGCACUUGGCCACGUUCAUCAUGGACAAGAGUGAGGCCAUCGCGUCGGUGGACGACGCCAUCCGGAAGCUGGUGCAUCUGAGCUCCAAGGAGAAGAUCUGGACACAGGAGAUGCUGCUGCAGGUCAAUGACCAGUCGCUGCGGCUGCUGGACGUGGAGUCCCAGGAGGAGCUGGAGAACUUCCCGCUGCCGACAGUGCGGCACAGCCAGACGGUGCUGAACCAGCUGCGCUACCCGUCCGUGCUGCUGCUCGUGUGCCAGGACUCGGACCAGAGCAAGCCCGAUGUCCACUUCUUCCACUGCGACCAGGUGGAGGCAGAGCUGGUGCACGAGGACAUUGAGAGCGCGCUGGCCGACUGCCGGCUGGGAAAGAAGAUGCGGCCGCAGACCCUGAAGGGCCACCAGGAGAAGAUUCGGCAGCGGCUGUCGGUCCUGCCUCCCCCCCAGGGCCCGGCCCCCAUCCCCUUCCAGCGCCACGGCGGGGACGCCCCUUCCACAAAGAACCGAGUGGGUCUGCCAGUGCCGCUCAGCGAGCCAGGCAUCCACCGCCGGGAGUCGCUGGAGGAGGAGCCCCGCGCCCUGCUGGCCCAGAAGAUCGAGAAGGAGACGCAAAUCCUCAACUGCGCCCUGGAUGACAUAGAGUGGUUCGUGGCGCGGCUGCAGAAGGCGGCUGAGGCGUUCAAGCAGCUGAACCAGCGCAAGAAGGGAAAGAAGAAGGGGAAGAAGGGGCCGGCAGAGGGCGUGCUCACGCUGCGGGCACGGCCCCCCUCCGAGGCAGAGUUUGUUGACUGCUUCCAGAAGAUCAAGCUGGCCAUCAACCUACUGGUGAGCGCCACGGCUCCCCCUCCUUCAGAGCUGACCCUGGGGGGUGGUCCUGGGGCCACCGCCUUCUGUCUGCCUGCUCCCUGCCCCCAGGCCAAGCUGCAGAAGCACAUCCAGAACCCCAGCGCAGCGGAGCUGGUGCACUUCCUCUUCGGACCUCUGGACCUGAUUGUCAGCACGUGUGGCGGCCCGGACAUUGCUCGCUCCGUCUCCAGUCCCCUGCUCUCCCGAGACACUGUGGGCUUCCUGCGCGGCCACCUGGUCCCCAAGGAGAUGGCGCUGUGGGAGUCCCUAGGGGAAACCUGGACACGCCCCCGCUCCGAGUGGCCCCGGGAGCCGCAGGUGCGGCCCUACGUGCCCAAGUUCCACAGCGGCUGGGAGCCGCCUCUGGAUGUGCUGCAGGAAGCCCCCUGGGAGGUGGAGGGGCUGGCGCCCGCCCCCGUUGACGAGCCAGCUCCAGGGGGCCGACCAUCCUUUCGCAACUCCCCGAAGCACGGCCCCAUCUCUGAGCCCGCACCCCAGGGGGACGUCCUCCCCCCGGUCAGCUCCCCACAAGCUCACAGGGGCUACGAGCCCGUGCAGACCAUGGCCAAGUACGUCCAGGUCCUCUAUGACUUCACGGCGCGCAACGCCAACGAGCUGUCGGUGCUCAAGGACGAGGUCCUGGAGGUGCUGGAAGACGGUCACCAGUGGUGGAAGCUUCGAAAUCGCAGUGGCCAGGCAGGCUACGUGCCCAGCAACAUCCUGAUCCGGCUGGAGGAGGUCCCCGCUGAGCAGGCCAGUCUGAAAUACUGGGGUCCUGCCAGCCCAACCCACAAGCUGCCCCCAGGCUUCGCCGGCAACAAAGACGAGCUGAUCCACUACAUGGACGAGGUCAACGACGAGCUCCUCAAGAAGAUCAGCCACAUCAGGACGCAGCCGCAGCGGCACUUCCGCGUGGAGCGCAGCCAGCCCGUGCACCUGCCGCUCACCUACGAGUCCGGCCCCCGCGAGGUCCGCGCCUGGCUGGAAGCCAAGGCCUUCAGCCCCCGGAUCGUGGAGAAUCUGGGCAUCCUGACGGGGCCCCAGCUCUUCUCGCUCAACAAAGACGAGCUGAGGAAGGUGUGCGGGGAGGAGGGCGCCCGCGUGUACAGCCAGCUCACCGUACAGAAGGCCGUCCUGGAGAAGCAGCACAGUGGGUCGGAGCUGGAGGAGGUCAUGAGCAAGUUCCACUCCAAGACGCAACGGCGGGCGGAGGAGGACAGCUAGGCCUGCCGCAGGGCCCGCCCCGCGGCACCGGGCGUUCCUUUGGCACGUGUGUGUGUGCAUCGCCCGCCACGGACGCUGACCGAGUGUGGUGCCGGCUGGGGGCCGCUCGCCCGCCUCACGGCGCGUGGGGCCGGUCCUCAGGCUCGGCAGUGCCCCCCUCGCCCCCCAGCCUGCCCGAGGCCCACCUCAGCCAAACUUGCCACCUGGAGGUGCCAGCCCCUCGUCCGCCUGCCCCCUGAGGCCCGGAGCUGUGCCUGUCCCAGACCCAGCCCGUCCCCACCCCUCUCCCGAGGCCGCAGAACCCUCGGGAGGGGCAGGGCCCUUUCCCCCGCCGCCUCCACGCUCACAAGGGUUCCUCCUGGCGCAUGUGACUGGCCCUGUCCCCGCUCACUGCCACAUCCACCUGCAGCCGCUACACUCAGUCCUGCGGACACAUGGUGCCAGAAGGGCAGCAGGCCUCAGCCUCAGGCCACCCUUGCUCGGAGCUGGCCGGCUGGAGACCCUCGACCCCGCAGUAUAGCCCUCGGUACCCACAGCUCCCGGCUCCCCAGGGCGGCCAGGCGGGGUGUGCAGGGGCUGCAUUCUCUUCCCCUUCGAGGACGGCCCUCCCCCAUCCCUGCCCCCACCCCCUCCAGAGCCCAGAAGGGAAUGUUCUCUGACCGAGUCCCCAGCCGGCCUCACCUGAUGUGCUAUGUGGGUUGGGGGGGCGAGUCUCAGGGCCCCAGACUCUGUGGGUCGCACCCCAGAGAUGAGAGGUGACGAGGCUCAGAGUCCAUGUCAUUAAACCCAGUAAGCCUCCCA